GACGGAGGCUAUUAUUGUCAAUGCAAUUUCUUCCGAAGAGGGCAGCAAUGUGAUCCCUUAAUUCCUAUGGCUGCCGUUGCACUGUUAAUGUUAGCUAGAUGGAUGAAUUCGAGAUGCUACUGCAGGCGGCCAUCAAAGGCAGAGCCCAAGAACUGGAGCAGCUGGUGCAAGACAAGCCGGAGGUGCUAUACCAAACAACUGAAGCAGGGAACACCUGCCUCCACAUCGCCGCUCUCUGCGGCCACGGGGAUUUCUGCAGCAAGGUCCUCGCCCUCCGCCUGACGCAGGAGCCGAGUCUCCCGUCGUCUCUGCUCUCCACCGCCAACGUCGACGGGGAGACGCCGCUGCUCGUCGCCGUGAAGAGCGGCCGCGUCUCCCUGGCUCUUGACCUGCUCGAGCAGCACUCGAGGCACGAGCUGCUGGACGAGCACCUUCUGAAGCGAGACAGGCACGGAUGCAACGUCCUGCACCACGCCAUCCGCAACGGCUACGAGGGCCUCGCGCUGCGACUGAUCGGCCGGCAGCCUGCGCUCUCGGAGUCCCGCAACGGGCGCGGCGAGUCGCCCAUGUUCAUCGCGGUUCUCAAAGGUUUCAGGAGCGUCUACAUGGCGCUGCUGAGCAACGAGAGGUCGCAAUACAGCGGGGCCAAUGGCUCCAACGCCUUGCACGCUGCUGUCAAGUACGGAGACCAAGAUUUCGUAGAACAACUUGUGGACAAGCAUCCCGAGAAGGCCAAAGUGCUGGCGAGACAAGCGGACAGUAAAAGGGACACUCCAAUGCAUCUCACUGCGCAUUUCAACAGGGAUAGGAUUCUAACGCUGAUGCUGAGAUGUGAUCGGUCCUUGGGGUACGAGCUGCACGAGGAACACUCCACGCCUCUUCUUUCCGUCGCCGCAGACCGAGGCCACGUAGCUUUUGCUCGAGCGCUUCUGGAGCACUGUCCAGAUGCGCCCUACCACGACGAGCAGGGCAGGACAUGUCUCCACGAAGCUGUAGACAAGGACCGGGCGGAGUUUGUUGAGUUCAUCCUUGACGACAACUCCAAGCUCCGGAAACUUGUCAACAUGCUAGAUAGCGUUGAUGACAGUGCUCUGCAUCUCGCGGUUCAGAAGAACAACCCGAGGAUGGUCCGUGCUUUGCUGGAUCACCCUGACAUCGACAUCACCGUUGUCAACCAGCGUAAUUGCACAGCGAUCUGGAAUCUGUACCAUGAUGGGGACUACGUCAAGACUAUAAACUGGAACAAAAUCUGCUGCCUCAUACUGAAUGCAGAUCGUAGAGCUGAAACUGACAUCUACAAUUUCCAAGAGGAGAUCAGGAACAAAGUAAUCGAUACAACAAGGAAAGAUGCCAAGUCUCUGAUCCAAACAUACACAAGCAACACGUCCUUAGUGGCUAUCCUCAUAGCGACGAUUACCUUCGCUGCGGCUUUCACAUUGCCAGGAGGGUACAGCAGUGAUGCUGGAAGCGAGGGGCUCCCAAUCAUGGCUAGGAAGGUCGCGUUCCAGGCGUUCUUGAUCUUCGACACCUCGGCGAUGUGCGCCUCCCUCGUCGUUGCCUUCAUAUGCGUCAUAGCAAGGUGGAUGGACUUUGAGUUCUUGCUGCACUACAGGUCCGUCACGACGAAGCUCAUGUGGUUCGCGUACAUGGCAACCACCCUUGCAUUUGCGACUGGUCUGUACACGGUUCUGGAAGAUCGCCUUCCUUGGCUGGCCAUUGCGAUCUGCGUUCUGUCCGUGCUGCUGCCCGUUCUUACGAUGCUGGUCGGCAAAUGGCCCAUAUUGAAGCUCAGAAUUCGAUACGGCAGGUCUGAUUUCCUUGACAUGGUCUAGACUUCACGGACAUUUCACCAAAUUAAUCCGCUCAUUGAAUUGCUUUACACCCUAUCAUGUGACAGAAAUGCAUUAACAGAUUCUAUAUGUGUUACCCUUGACAUUUCACCAUAGCCGUUCAUCCUUAUUCGAGAUAUUGUUUUGUCCUUUAACGUAACAAAAAUGCAUUGACAGAUUCUACGUUACCCUUAACAUUUCCCUAUAGCCGCUCAUCCUUAUUUGAGAUAUUGUUUCCCUCUCUCAUGUAACAAAAAUUCAUUGACAGAUUCUAAAGUUUGCAAUGGUCUAA